UAGGUAAUAUUUUGUUUAGGGCACAACAGUUCCUGUCAGUUGCAUUCCGAAUAUCCACAUGUCUCGGUCCCUAUCGCUCUGGUUUCUCAUCGUGCUUCUUGCAACGCUGCUGACAAAAGGUGAAAGCUGCGUUGCCGCACAUGAGUUUGAGUGUAAAGUUAGCAAAAGAUGUAUCGCCGCAAAGUAUGUUUGUGAUAAAGUCUAUCAAUGUGGACCAGGAGAUACUUCAGAUGAACAAGAGUGUGAACAUCAUGAUCAAAGCUGCCAAGUAGGCCAAGUUACAUGUGAUGAUGGCGCUUGCCUUGAAAAACACUAUGAAUGUGACGGAGCUCGCGAUUGUAGUGAUGGUUCGGAUGAAUUUGACGAACGAUGCAAUCCACAACCAAAGUGUGGUGAAGAGGAGUUUGACUGUGGUCCAUCAGAUGAGUGUAUCAGCAAUAAUCGAACAUGCAAUGGUUUUCCUGACUGUAUAAAUGAAUCUGAUGAAGCUAAUUGUCCUACCGUCACCCCUGCGUUUCCUGGUCCUGUACCUGAACUCUAUUUUAUUCUUCACCAUCAAAUCCGCAAUACAACAGUUGAUGCAUCAAGGUAUGAUUUCUUUAAAGAUGGUCUAAACGAUCCUGAAGCUCUGGACUUCCACAUGUCAAAACGAAUGUUGUAUUGGUCAGACAAUUCUGAUGACAAGAUUUACAGUCUGUCACUUGACAACCCUGGACAAAUCAAAACUGUUGUAUCUGGUUCAAUUGGCAAAGUGGCCGGACUCUGUGUUGAUUGGAUCCACAACUACCUCUUCUGGACAGAUGACGAAAAGAAUACAGUUGAGCGCUAUGAUCUGACAUCUAAUAUACGAACCACCUUGGUGAACACAAACCUAGAUACUCCAAGAGGAAUUGUCGUUGACCCAUCAGAUGGACCAGGGUAUGUGUACUUUGGUGAAAGGGGUAAUAGUCCUCAGAUUGAGAAAAUGACCGUUGAUGGAGAGAACAGAAACGUGUUGGUGGAUGAUGGCGACGUAGUUGGAGAUCCUAAUGGACUAGUCAUAGACUUUGAGGAAUCUCGUCUUUACUGGGCUGAUAGCAAAGACAAAAGGAUUAUGAGCUGCAACCUAAAUGGCAAAGAUGCAAAGCCUGUCCGUUCAUCCCUUGGACAUCCAUUCGGACUUACCUUAUUAGGAGAUUGGUUGUUUUGGACUGAUUGGCAAGAAAAGAGUAUUAUUCGAAUGACAAAAGAAGGAAGCUACAUGACAACUGUACUUAACAACUUGUCUCCAGGAACAGUAAAAGAUAUUAAGAUACUUCAUCCACUACGACAGCAAGAUUCUCCUAAUCCACAUACUUCUACAACAAAGGCCACUCCCAAAAUUGAUACUUCAAAAAACAAUGUACUUCCGACAGCUAAUAACAUUAAAUCAUCACUCCCAGCAGAACCACACCCUUCCAGUGCAGUGGAGACACACAAAAACUCCGACUCGUCUUCUAACACUGGAUUGAUCGCUGGUGCAGUUGCUGGUGCAGUUGUUGUUGUAUUAGUUCUUGUAAUUGUGGGUUUAUAUUUGUUUACAAGAAAAAGGAAAGGAUCAACAAAUAUAACAACAACUAUUGACAACCCAAAUUAUGCUAAUACAGCAAGUCAGCACUUGGUACGGUCACGUCUUGGCAUGGGGGGCAUCUACAGUUACUGGACAUUUAUCUCCUUGUUUCUGCGAUCAAGCGCUUCGUUGAGCAAUGGAUGUAUCAAUGGACACGAAUAUACUUGUGACAACAGAAAUUGUAUCUCAUCCGUUCUUGUGUGCGACGGGCAUGACGACUGCGGCGACAAUUCAGACGAGAAUUGUAUCAGUCCGUCGGCUUGCAUGGCGAAUCAAGUUGCAUGUGACAAUGGUGAGUGCAUCGAAAGGGAGUGGGAAUGCGAUGGAGCACCAGAUUGCAAUGAUCACUCUGAUGAAGCAGACAGGAGAUGCGGUAGCAUCCAACCUACACCCAAAAACUGUAGGCUAAAUGAAUUCCAGUGCAAAUUUGGCAAAUGUAUUCCUCAGAAAUGGCAGUGUGAUGGAGCCAGUGACUGCGAUGAUGGAUCAGAUGAAAGCAAUUGCACAUACCCAACUGUCCCACCUGUACCUGGUCCUACACCGGUCAUCUUGUUUGCAUACCAUCAUCAGAUUCGAAACAUAACUGUGUCCGGUUCUCAUCAUGAUGUUUUUAUGAGUGGUCUUCAUGCUCCAGAGGCACUAGACUUCCACUUGAAAUUGCAAAUGGUUUAUUGGUCAGACAGCAUUGAAAACAAGAUCUAUGGUACUUCUCUUCAUGCACCUGGUCAUGCUGAAACUGUAGUAUCUACUGACAUCAAACUAGUAGCUGGAUUGUGUGUUGACUGGAUUCACAACUACGUUUUCUGGACAGAUCAUGAUCAAGGUCAAGUGGGACGAUAUAAUAUCAAUACCAAACAGAGAACAGUUAUAAUUAACACAGAUCUGGACCGUCCAAGAGGGAUAGCAGUUGACCCGAUGUCUUCACCAGGAUACGUUUAUGUUGGUGAUUGGGGCACUGUACCCAAAAUUGAGAAAGUGACUAUUGAUGGAACUAACAGAGUUACUCUGAUAGAUGAUGUCAGUAUUGUUGGCCAUCCAAACGGACUAGUUAUAGAUUACCAAGAAAACCGAUUAUAUUGGGCUGAUGGGAAGGACAGCCGAAUCAUGAGCUGUGAUCUUGAAGGGAAAAACGUUCAAAUUGUCCAGUCAUCACUAAACCGCCCUUUUGGACUAACUCUGUUAGGAGACUGGCUGUUUUGUACUGACCAUGGAGACAAUGCUCUUUUACAAGUGAACAAACACAGAAAAACCACGAGAACUGUCGUUUCACAACUAACUCAAACAGCACUCAAAGACAUCAAAGUGGUCCAUUCUUCACGUCAGCCAGUUGCAAACACUGUACCAACUCAGGCUGGGCCAAGACAACCAUCUUCAUUUGUACAAACAAAGUCAUCAAGAGUUAAAUCAUCGCCAUCGUCUGAUCAUCUUCACUCAGGGCUAAGCACAAGCAGUGACAAGACUGGAAUCAUUGCUGGCUGUGUUGGUGGACUUGUACUUGUGAUGAUAUCGAUCAUCAUCUUAAUUGUUGCUUGUUGGUAUUGCAAGAAGAGGAAACUUGGACUAAGUUUAGAUAACCCGCUCUACACCAAAUACAAUGAUAAUGCUGAGUCAGUUGUGGUCAACAUCAGCAAUAACAUUAAUGUGCCAGAUCUGGUGGAGCAUCAGAUUUUCCCUGCUGAAGGAGGCAAUAACCUGAAACCUAAGGGCACAGUCAUUUAAUUUAGAUAUGAUUUCUAUACACUGUUUAUUCUUUAACUAAUUCGCUGUAGAUUUCCUUACUCACUUUAUAGCUACUGUAUUCCGUAAUAAUGUAGUAAUGUAUAUGGUUCAGCUACAGACUA